GGCCUUUCUCAAUUCCGAUCCCAAACCAACUGAAGUAAAGUCCGCACCUGCACAACCAAAAGCGAACAUGUCAGGACUUACACUCCAGGAGAAUGAUUGGGAUGGGUAAGCACGUUGAUGGUCUCUACUACUUGCGGGGUUUUCGAUGAUGGUCAUCCAGUGGCGUUCGCGGCGAAGCAAGCAGUUCGAGAUUCUCAGUUGUGGCAUGCUAGGCUCGGUCAUCCCUCGUCGGCAAAGCUUUCAGCAUUGCAGCGU